AUGGAGGUCCAAACACCCAGCAAAAAAGGAGAGUACAUAGAGCAUUUGCUUCGGGAGUUUGUUUGUAAAAAGGGGAAGCUAAAGAGGAAGGACAUAAUGAAUAAAAUGGAAUACUACGUAGGAAUAUUAACCAAUAUAAAUUUGAAAAUUGUUCACAAUAAGAAUUAUCAAGUGGUGCAUCUAAUUUUGGAGGUUCUGUUUACAAAUGAGAUGCAUCUAGAACCCAUGAUUUUAGACAAGAUUUUGGCUUGCUUGAAUCUGAAGCAGAUUCUGCAGAAGAAUGACAAGGUGAAAAUUAAAAAUAUUAACAAUAUUUUGCUCCUCAUUAAUCGAAAGAGCAGGAACAACUUGAACGCGACUAAUUUGUUUAACUUGCUUUUCGAUGCCGUCGCGCUGCUGCUGGAGGCCUUUUGCGCGGAGGACAUUUACAGCGUCGUCCGCCGGGUGGACUACACGCUCGGGGGGGGGAAGCAGCAGAAGCGGCGAGAGGAAGGAGAGGAAGAGGAAGGAGAGGAAGAGGCAGGAGAGGAAGAGGCAGGAGAGGAACAGUCAGGCGAGGAAGAGGCAGGAGAGGAACAGUCAGGCGAGGAAGGGACGGAUGGCACAAUUGACGAGCCUCCCGGUGAACUUCGUACCGCCCCGCUGCAAACCCGAAAGCGCAAACGUGCAAACGGGUUGCCAAUCUCCCCAGGAGGGAACUACAGCGAAUUGGUCAGUGAACCCCAGGAUGGUGACACCUCAGAAGACACUGCCAAUCGUGGCGCGAACCAUGCCGAGAACCAUGCCGCCAACCGCGCGGCGAACCCCCCCAAGAAGCGAAAAAAAGAGGACGGGUCCGAGCACUGGGAGGAGUUCCCCGAAGAAAGGCACCAAAACGUAGCGCGCAUAAACGAUUACGUGGUGCACGUGAACAGUCUGUUCAGUCUCUACUUCAAGAAUUACAAACCCAUGUUGAACGAUGUGAAAAUUUAUUCGUUUUAUAGCAACCUAUUCGGGUUAUGUGCCUACGUGUAUGACUACAUAGGGUACGUAGAACAGUUAGCAGAAGAAAGGUGUGCACCGAAUGAAGGGAGUUCCCCUAGCAGCUUCGACGUAGUGCUGAAGAACCUCCGCACUCUGAAGGGUCUCAUAAAGAAACAAAUCGCCAUCAGUUUAGACAGCAUAGCAAAAAGUUAUUUUAAAAGCGUAUAUACAUCCUACAUGGAGAGUAAGGAAUGGUUAAAAAUAAAUUACUCAUUUUUUCUUUUCCAGGAGAAUGAAAAAAUAUUGGAAAUAAUCAUGUUGAAUAAAAUGUCGAACGAAAACCCGAGCUUCCGAUUCGAUCCUCAUGGGGAUAAGUUGAUCUGUCCAUCUGUCAGUCUUCAUAAAAGUAAAAGAGAAAAAUUGAUUUACUUCUUUAAGGAUAAUCAUAGUUGCAAAGAGAAGCACCCCUUUUUAGGAGUUAGUAAAAUUAGGGGAUGUUUGAAAGCCUUGGCUACUAUCAUAAAAUACCUCCUCCUCAAACAGCCCAAUGGGAACGUGGUACAUGUACAGACUUACUUCACCCUUUUUUUGUUAAUCCCUCAUUUUGAGUUGACUGUAUAUGGUAAGAACGUCAAAAGGGAAUAUGCCAAAUUGUUUAACUUUUCCGCGUCGGGGAAGGAGAACACUCUGCGUGGCGUUAAUUGCUCCGUCCCAGACGUUGACUCUGACGCGGGGGCUGAGGUAGAGGCAGGAGCGGAGGUAGAAGCAGGGGCAGAGGCAGGAGCGGAGGCAUCAGCAGCGGCACCACCAAUGGAUAAGAAGCCUGUUGGGGAACCCAAGCGGACGAUCCACAAAAACGCUGCCAGCUACUUCAAAUCUAUGCAGAUCAAAAUCGCACACUCGAUGUGCCGCUUUGAAGAAGAACUCGAACUCAACGAUCACCAGGAGACGCACAACAACAUAUUCAUACUAAUAGACUACUCAAAAUUAAUUUACCAAUUUUUAAGUUACCUAAAUGGAAGGAGCAACAUAAGAAAGGACACGUUCCUGUUUGUCAAUAUGACCUACUUCGUGAAGCACACGUUUGACUGUUUAACGAAUGCUUAUUUUGAAUUAAUCAGGAAUAAAUCGAAGAAUGAGGGAUAUAUUUUCUACGUACCCACGGGGGAGAGCUCCCCAAUUGGAGGUCAGCACAUUGGACAAGCGCGACGUGAGUAGAUGGUUUAUUUGAACUACUUAAUAUACGUCAACCAGAUGAACCUCAUAACGGUAAUCAAUUUUGAUGUCACUUUGAGGACACUUAUUUUCUCCACGCUGUUCAAUUUCGCAAAAGGGAUCUCCUCCAACGUGAGCCAUAUCCUGAGGACCGUGAUGACCAAGUACGUGGAAGUAUUUGGGGUGAAAGGAUUCUUUAAAUUUCUGCACUACUACAUCAUUGGACCUGUGAACGCACAGCAGGACCGGUCCAUGAGGAGCAUUCAUUUUUUGUUGAACUGUGUUGUAAUGGGUGUGUUUAAAACGAGUGUGAUUAAGUGGGUUGACCAGGCCUCCUCCAUUUUGGAGUACUUUAUCGAGCUGUACAGUUACCACGUGUCUAAUCUGGAUCAAGCAUUAGAAGGUAUAUUACACUUAAGAGAAGGUGGAGGGGCAGAUAGUCGCAACGUUUUCGUUAGCAUCUCUCCACCUCAACAGGAGCAGAAACACUCCCCCAGGUACCCUACCAUGGCCAACUAUUUAUCGACUCUCCAAAAUAUGGAUGCGUUAGAGUACAUCAUUUCCUGCUUCUUGAAAUCCAUUCCGAAGAAGAAUAUAAUCCAAGGGUUACUGACUCAUGUGAAAGAAAUUGCAACUUUGCAUUUGACGAAGCUGAAGAAUGAGGUCAUCUUUUAUGACAAAUUAGGGCAAGGUAAUUUUACCGAGACGAAGUUUGGCUUCUCCUCUUGCAAAUUUUAUGUCCUUUAUUUUUUCAACUAUAGUUUAUCCAGGGUGGCUAUGUAUUCCCUGCUCCAUGGGGAAGUAAAAACCGAUCAGCUGUUGUGUCAUCCUUCCAUUCAACACAUCGUUGCAAUGCUCCAGACCUGCUUCCCCAUGGUCGAACCGAUGUAUGAUCAGUGUGUUAGGGAGGACUCCUUGCACACGUUCUUCGACAUACUGCAGAUGGUACUUCAGACCCUUUUUUUCUUCGUCUCCCUGGCGGAGCUUCGCGUCAUAGACCUGGACCGCCUGGCCGAGCACCUCAACCAAGUACUCCGCGUCCUGAAGAAAAACGCCCUAGCGGAGUACCCCUACCCGGUGAAAAAAAAAAUCUGCAAACAGAUUGCCAAUUUCUUCAUCUACAACCACUCAUUUCUAGUGACCACCUUCAGAGGAAGAGAUCAGAUCAUGGAUUCCAUUUACCAAGAGUUCACAAAGUUACUGUUCCUUGAUAUUGCAAUCAUGAAGAAUGAAAAAAAUUACCAAUUUCUAUUUGACUAUUUUUUCAUCAUAAGGGAGAACAGCACUCUGUGUAACUUACUCAAGGAGUUGUUUUCGUUGCACUUUAUUUUGAUUUUGGGAAAUUUGGACAAAGGGUUGCUUCGCCCCCCCUUGGGAGGAAGAAGGAACGGCUCGCUCCACCCCCCCUUGGAAGGAACAUCGAACGGUUCGCAUAACGAAUGGGGAAUGCCUCCCGAAGAGGAAGCCUUUCUGCCCAGCUAUGCUCGCGAACUAGUUCGAAGGAACAGAGCCCUCUCUAGUGAGAACCACAGAUGGUACGAAAAGCUAAACUUGAAAAAAAAAUUAGGGUUCGUAGGAUCCAAAAAAGAGAGCAGUCUUUAUGAGGACCCCAUUCACCAUUUUGACGAAAAUUUAAUGAAGAGUGUAUUUUCUCGCAGAAGGAAAAAUAACCACAUGGUUGUGUCCUCUCUCAGAAGUAAACUCAACAAGGUGGACAAGGAAACUCCAAAUGUCGACGUUUGCAUUUUAAGUAACUUAUUUCCACGGUUUAAUGGAAUAGAAAAAGUGAAAGAUAAUUUAUUUACUCUUUUGUGCAAAAUUUGUGGCAACUUUUUAAAUUACAAUUUGUAUCUUGAGCAUAUUUUGGCCAAUAUUUUAAUUUCUUUNUGUGAGAACCUGGAUGGAAAGGAGAAGAGCCUUAAGUUGGGUCCUAGUGACUUCCUCCAUUUUGUAAACUUAUCCUUCCAAUUGAUUCAGAAGCAGAAGGAGUACCUAACGAGUGGCAUCUUUAGGACAAAAAAAAACGUCUCUAUUUUGAAGCUCCUUUUCCAUAUCUUCUUCCUCUACAUUAACCAGGGGGGGGAGAGCAAGAAGAAACAGGUUGAGGAGAGCAAGAAGAAACAGGUUGAGGAGAGCAAGAAGAAACAGGCUGAGGAGAGCAAGAAGGCACAGGUUGAGCCGAGCAAGAAGAAACAGGAUGAGCCGAGCAAGAAGGCACAGGCUGAGCCGAGCAAGAAGGCACAGGCUGAGCCGAGCAAGAAGACCCAGGCUGAGCCGAGCAAAAAGACCCAGGCUGAGGAGAGCCCCACCGACACGCAGAACCUCCCGGGGGAGCCAACCCCAGGAUGUACGAGGAAGAAAAAAUCGGGGGCAGCCCUUCAGGGGAAGGCCAGAAAGAUAAAAAACUGCUUCGUCUUUUUUAUCAAGUACUUUCUGCUCAUGCACGAAUUGGUCGUAUUCAAGGGGGAAGAAGAAGGAGCCACCGCGGCCCUAAGCGAUGACGACGUGGCAUACUUGACGAAUCAUAUGCAGGGGGGCGGCAGUCGAAGAGUCAGCAGUGAGGAGGUGCACAGUGGUCCAACCGAUGGGGCAGAAAAAAACGACAUGUGUGCGAUGCUCAGCAAAUUGAAAGAUUUCCUUCACAGAAUUUUAAGCAGCGAAGGGGAUGCUACGAACGGCGGCACCGAUGGCGGCACCAAUGGCUGCACCAAUGGCUGCACCAAUGGCGACACCACUCCCAUGAACGCUGGAAGCCGCGGCGCCACCACCGCCCGCAUGAACGCACUGUUCCUCGACAUGAUCGAACACGUGUUCGUGUCCUUCCUGCUGAGGUACAACUUUUGGGAAGAGCCCAACAGCGCAGCUGUCGUUCAGGUGGUCGACGCGCUAAGGGAACUCAAAGUGGAACGCGUGCUCCGCACAGCCAAUCAGAACUACACAACGUUUGCCUAUAGCAUCCUCGCUUUGAAAAUUUUUAACAUGCCCAACAAAAGUGGUGUAGGAAGUACUACCUCCACCUCCAUUUCGAUAAGUGCUGAUCAUGGAACGCAUGUGGUGGACGAAGCCAAGGGGGAGAAGAAAUUAAUGGGAGUGACCCCCACGGACAGACAAAUGAAGAAACGAGGGAAAGGUCCCAGGAGGAAGGACGAAAUGGCUAUGGCUAUGGCUAUGCCUAUGGACGAAGGAAACCUGAUCCUCUUUUUUAAGCUGUUCCUCCCCGAUAAGCAGAGCAACGGCAUACUACAUAACAAUAGGGACUCAACUGACCUAUACCAGGAAGGACAAAAAGCAACAUGUGAGCAACUGUACGAUUUUCUCUACAACUACAACAGCGUACUUGCGGAGUGUCCAAAUGAACACUCGGUCCAUAUUUGCCUAAAGUAUCAAAACGUGAUCAAAAAUAUUUGUACCUUGUUUAGCUACUCGUCUGAUGAUGUAAAAAAAGUUUUGACUUACAUCGAAGGGAAGAUAAAGAUGGGGUACUCAGAAGGGGAAGCAGAAAAUUACCUAUACAAUUUUAAUAUGCAUAUAAUAACACUGAUUUAUGUCAUUUCGAAUAGUGCGAAAUUUUGCUCAGAAUUAAUUCAUCAGAUCAGGAGAGCAAGUGACUCUUCUUCUUUUAUCAGUUUGUAUCUCCUACUUAUGCGACAUGUGCAGACUUACUUGGACAAUGAUGUGGUGAUCAGGAGAAGCUCCUCUGUCUUCUUCUUACUGCUUCACCUCGUGUACAAGCUGUCGCAGCUGUUCGUCUUCUUCUUCGUGCGUCUCAAGGCGCAAACGCGGGACGGCAGCUACUCCAACCUCCUGGGAUUCGUCAGCAACUACUGCAGUUUGCUAGUCAAAACGAUGGAUUUACUGAAAAAUCGCAUACGAAGCAGCAACGACGGUACUGUACCAAGCCCGGGAACAGAUUUCAUAACGCAUUUUUACAUCCUAAAUAACUGUGGCCUGUUCGAGCGAAAGAAGUUUUACCUGUACCUGCUCAGCCACCAGCUCUUUGUCCUCUUGUACGAGUUCUUCAAUAUACAGAAAAACGAACUCGUUGUGAAGUCCAAAAGAACGCUAAUCGAAGUGACCAAGAAGGGAGGAUACGCGAUCAACUUUUUGUGUUCCUACCUGGACUCCAUUUUGUAUCUCGACAGCAGAAUGAACAAACUACUCCUCAGGAACGCCAACUUCCUCGUCACCUUCCUGCGAAGCAACAAGGACAGCCUGAACUUACCCCCAAUAGCCUUCCCCAUUGUAAUCAAAAUUGUGGACAUGUAUGAAUUCAUUACGAAGACCAGUUCCAUGGGAGAGGAUGAAUACGAAGCGAAAAAAUUUCUCAAAGGCAUUUUUCAGGCCACCUUGUCCAUACUAGAAAAUAGCUCCAUUCAGUUUUGUUACACAUCUCUAACAGAUCGGAAGAGGGAAAUCUUUAACGCCCUAUCCGGGUAG